AUGUCAGAACAGAGCAUCCAGAGGUUUAGCACCUCUGUGGCUCAGAGGAGCCACUGUGAGGACCCAGAGGAGAAUUUGCCAUUUUCAGUGAAAAAUAAGUGGCCAUUACUGAUUAUGAUUUACGUGUACCUUGGCUCUGGAUUUGUUGCACCUUUCUGUAUAGUAAGACAUCAACUAUUUAAGAAAUUAAAAUGCUUUAGUUACUUAGAUAUGAAGAAGAGCAUUUUAAGUACAGUCUCUCUGAAAAAUCAAACUCUUGAACUCAGCCCACUAGAAUAG